AUGACAGCACCUCCGAGGCCAGCACCGAAACCCGGCCGGGUCAGGGUUUAUCGAGCCCUCUACGAUUAUGAAGCCAGAACGGAUCAAGAGAUGAGUUUCGCCGAGGGGGAUCUGCUGUAUGUGAGCGAUAGCGGACCAAAUGACGAUUGGCUGCCGGCGGCAUGUGGCGGCAAAAAAGGGCUCGUGCCAGCUAAUUACGGUCGGUUCCGAUGCUUUUCGGACACUUCGGAUGUUUUAUUGUGGGCUUCUCAGGGAACAAAUGCUUCCUUUUUAUCCCUUUACCAUUUUUUCCAAAUGCUUCUCGUGUUACAUCUAUUUUUACGAAGUUCGAAAAUAGAGGCGUGGGCGGAAGUGGAGCUGUACUACUACUGCAGCCGUAAUGCUGUAUCGAUAUACGCCUUAAUUACCCGCUAA